AUGGCGGCAGGGGAAGGCAGGCGGGGCAGGGCUCAGCCCUGCGCCGAGGCCCAGCAGGCUCGUUUUCCUCUGGUUUCUCCGCCAUCACGCUCUGUCCUGCAGGCAGACGGACAUCAACUUAUUCUGGAAGGGAUACCAGGCUGGAACGCUGUAGAGCUGGUGGUCAACGGGGUUCGCUGCAACAUCGAUGACCUGGAUUUUGGAGGUGAUGGCAAGUUGGAUCCACUUUGUGAAGAAGCCAGAAAAGCAGUGUUAAAUGCUUACUGA